AUGAAACUUCACACGGAGAAGAGCUUAGACCACCCUCUAUGGAACGAGGUCGGUGAGAGGAAAAUUCUGGGUCCGGAUGCAAUCGAAGAGAUGAUAGAAAUUGUCAGAAAAAUCCGAGAGAGAAUCAAGGAGGCUCAUGACAGACAAAAGUCCUAUGCAGAUGUCCGACGGACUGAUUUGCAAUUUUCAGUGGGAGAUAAAGUCUUCUUGAAAGUAUUACCGUCGAAGGGGAUAGCUAGAUUUGGAGUCAAGGGAAAACUCCGACUCCGGUACAUAGGACCGUACGAAAUCCUAGAGGCGCUUGGACCAGUAGCUUAUCGACUAGCAUUACCGUCGAGCUUUGGAAACGUUCACAACGUAUUCCAUGUAUCCCAGCUCAGAAAGUAUGUGUUUGUUCGGAAGCACGUGAUUCAUCAGGAGGAGAUGAUAUUAAACCCGGAUCUGAGCUACGAGGAAAGGCCAAAGACAAUUCUGGACAGGAAGGUGCAACAACUAAGAAAUAAAUCCAUUCCUUCAGUGAAAGUACUUUGGGAACACCACGGGCAGGAAGAGGCCACGUGGGAAUUGGAAGAUAAAAUGAAGGAGCGCUACCCUGAACUGUUCGAGUAA